GUGUCAGCCAAGCAAACGGCAAACGGCAAACGGACAAGCCGCGCGCGCGACAGUUGUCUUGAUCCAGCAUGGCACGGCGGCGGCGCGCGCUAUCCGACCCGCACUUGGACAGGUGCGCGAGACAAGAGGAGCUUUGACUUUCCUUCCACGUCUUCUUCUUCUUCGUCUUCUUUUUUUUUUUUUUUUUUCACUUCUCGGUCAGUGAAGGUGUGUGUGUGUUUGCGUGGAUUUAUUUGGCGUCCGCGAGCUCGAGACGUGAGGAGCGCGCGUGUUUACAGCUUCACUUACGGAGAACCGCCUCAGUCAGUGGCAGCCAUGAUGCCCCUAUUCGGACUCUUCUGGCUGGUCCAGUUGGGGAGUUCUGCAUUUCCAGAGGAACCCGGACCCCUCAACACCAUCCCUACUGAAGUCGUAAGGAGGUAUCCGGUCUUCCUCGGCCGAGCUCAUAGCUCGUCUGUAAAUCAGGAGCCGUUACACAUCCAGAGAGUCCUGCAGAUCAACCGCACGCUCUACAUCGGGGCCAGGGAUGACCUUUUUCGCGUGGAGUUGGACAACAUGGUUGGAGACGAGAUGUUUUACAGUAAGAAAAGGACGUGGGAGUCUAACAGGAACGACAUCAAAAUCUGCAGGAUGAAGGGCAAGCACGAGGACGAAUGUCGUAACUACAUUAAAGUCCUGCUGAGUCGACGAGGCGGUCUGUUCAUCUGCGGCACCAACGCCUUCAACCCACUGUGCGCCAACUACACAGCAGACACUCUGGAGAUGGUGGGUGAGACAGUCAGUGGAAUGGCACGAUGUCCCUACGACCCCAAACACGCCAACGUCGCUCUGUUUGCAGGUGGAAGCCUCUUCACUGCGACAGUGACUGAUUUCUUGGCGAUCGAUGCGGUGAUCUACAGGAGUUUAGGCGACACUCAGGCACUGCGCACCGUCAAACACGACUCCAAAUGGUUCAGAGAGCCGUACUUCGUCAGCGCUGUGGAGUGGAGAGAACACAUUUACUUCUUCUUCCGCGAGAUGGCCAUGGAGUUCAACUACCUGGAGAAGGUGGUGGUAUCGCGGGUGGCGCGUGUGUGUAAGAGCGACGUGGGCGGGUCUCAGCGUGUGUUAGAGAAACAGUGGACUUCUUUCCUAAAGGCUCGACUCAACUGCUCCAUCCCUGGAGACUCGCACUUCUACUUCAACCUGCUGCACUCCACCAGCUCCGUCCUGCAGCUACAGGGGAGAGACGUCAUCCUCGCCGUGUUCUCCACCCCCACCAACAGUAUCCCUGGCUCUGCGGUGUGUGUGUUUGAUAUGGAGCAGCUCUCUGCAGUGUUUGACGGCAGGUUUAAGGAGCAGAAAUCUCCAGAGUCGAUCUGGACGCCGGUGGCAGAUGAGCUCAUCCCCAAACCCAGACCCGGCGGCUGUGCUGGUCAGGGCUCCAGGUUUAACUCGUCCACUUUGUUCCCUGACGAGAUGCUGAACUUUGUGAAAACUCACCCUCUGAUGGAUGAGGCUGUGCCGUCUGUGGGACAGAGACCCUGGAUCAUCAGGACCAUGGUCAGAUAUCAGCUCAAUAAGAUGGUGGUGGACACGAACGCCGGUCCCCACGGCAACCACACCGUCGUCUUCCUCGGCUCCAACCGCGGCACCAUCCUCAAGUUCCUCGUCGUCCAUGACGGAGACAACAUGGCAUCCAACGGCAACGUCUUCCUGGAGGAGCUGGAGGGCUUCAACCCAGAGAAAUGUGCUACAGACUCUCCUCAGGCUCGGCAGCUCCUGUCUCUCUCUCUGGACUCCGUCAGUCACACACUCCUGCUGGCGUUCCCAUCCUGCGUGGUCCGAGUUCCGGUAGCUCGCUGCCAUCUCUACUCCCGCUGCAUGAAGAACUGCAUCGCCUCGAGGGAUCCGUACUGCGGCUGGACUAAAGGCAGCACCUGCUCCUUCCUCCGAGCCGGCACCAGGCUUCCCUUCGAGCAGGACGUGGAUCACGGGAACACCUCACAUCUGGGCGACUGUGACGGUUUACUCCAGGAGAGCUACGUGGAGGAACCGGAUGGCCUGGUGUCCGUCAACCUUCUCAUCAUGUGUGCUGUUUCUGCAUUCACCACCGGGGCGGCGCUCUCUGCCCUGAUGAUCUGCUGGCUCAUGACGUUCAAGCACCGGCGCCGCUCCAGGGGCGGGGCUUCGAGCCAGGCUGGGCGUCGCCAUGCCGACAGGGAACAGUGCGUGCUAGGACACGGGCGUAGCAGCUCAGCGAUUAGCGUGACAAGGAUCAGCGGCGUCGAUGCGCAGGUAGAGGACCUGUUCACUAACGGCUGGCCUAAAUCUGGAGAAAUCCAGGAUCCGGGAUUGCCGACUCCGGAGCAAACGCCGCUGCAACAGAAACGGCCCGUUCCUGAUGUUCACGACCACAGCCAUCUCCACCUUCCGGACUCGGAUUGGGAGCAGAGCCAAACAUUUAUCACCCAAACAGGUCCAAAUGCCUCCAUCAUGUACCUGAGCUCUGAUUACUUACAAGGCGGUGACGGAGGCCAGCAGGAUGAUCCAGGUAUCCCGAAUGUUGAAAGGCAGCGCUAUCUCAUCCUUCCUCAUCCUGCCAUACAGAAAGAGCAAAGCAGGCAUCAUUCGGCUCCUAAGACACGCAAUUCCGCCAGCGAUUACCGACCGGCGACACCUCAAGACUCGCCUGAGCGCAGGAAGGUGGUAUCCGCUCCCAAUCCGCACUCAGAUUAUGGCAAUCCGCCACACUGGAGCCAAAAUGGCGUCAGCAACAAUGGCAAACCCAACAGACACCACCAUAACUAUCCGAUACAGCCACGUACGAACGCAGCGUUGGUGCGACCCGGCGUCCUCCACGCCACCAGGGGGCUCGGCGAGCUGCAGGAUUUCAGCCAUGUUCUGGGAAGGAGGAUGGACAGCGAGAGGGACGUGAGGAGAGAAAAAGACAGAGAGUGUACAUCCAACGGACAGUAAAGAGACAGAGAAGCUAUCUCUUUUCCAGAGAGCCGUGACUCCCGAAACCUGCCCGAAAAACUGUCUCACUGCCGUCUAUAAAAUCCCACAGUGUUGCUCGAAAGACGGUUUUUCAGUUGACCAAGUGAGACAGAAUCCAAGCCAAGCGUCGAGCUGAGCACUUGCCAGUUAGCCUCAUUCCCUGAAAAACCCUUCCCCCUCCCCACCUCACACAUCCUUUAGCACUUAGCAUGCUAGCGAGGUUCUCUACAGCCCCUCUGCCGACAACACGGAGCCACAUUUCAGGAAACCGGAUAUCAGUAUACUGUGAAGUGUUCGCUCGACUCUACAGCCAACAGUAGCAAGUCUCUCUGAGAGGAAACUGUUCAGUGGACAUUUCUCUGCGCUUUUGUUCUUUUUUUAAUUCCCUGGUAUGUGUAUGUGUGUGUGAUAUACAGGGCAUCCUGAUACCAGAGGCAAGUCUAGAUCUCAGCUCGAAGACUUAACGUAAAGACGAUAGAGCUGAGGACGUCUAGCAGUUGAGCCACACUGGAGCUUCUCGCGUACACAGAGCCGAUAUCAAACAGACUCUUUCAGUUUGUGUUAGAAACGAUCAAAGGACAAAAGUGACUUAAAGCAACUUGCGAUUGCGAUUUUUUUUUAAUCAGGAAUGUGUGUGGAUGUGUGAGAGACGAACGUCCUGAUUUUGACAACUGACAGUGACAACAAGACAAGAUCUCAAAGACAACCUGAAAUCAGAAAUGACAUGUUUUUAACCUUGUAGUUCGUGUCUCUGGUGUUAUUGUGCACGAUUCAUCAGUAUCAAUCAGUUAAUAAACAAACUUCUUGUUUUUUUGUAACAAUCAAAACCUUUUCUGAUUUUUCGACAUUUCACCACGCACCAGUGGGCGGGGAAAAAAUAUUAAUCGCUAAUAACUUGACAUGUUUCACCUCCCUUUCCCCCCACAGCCCAUCAUCAUCAAGAAAAAAAGUCAGAAAUAUGUUGCGAAUAAAAUAACGCAUAUCAUAAAUCAUGUUACUUAUAAAAACGAUCGGUUUUUAGAUUAAAAACUGAUCAGCUGAUCACUCGAUUAUUACCCAUUACUAUGGCGAUAUUCAGAUAACGUUAACAUAUCUAGCAAUAGCUAUCCAGUGUUACGUAGCUAGCUGAGUUCAUUAGCAAACCUUUGGGAAGCUGUCGUAAUGUGUAAUUAAAACUGUUUGCCAAGAUUGCUAGCACCUCACCUGAGAUUUACCUCUAAGACUUACUUAGAGAGAAGAGAGUGAGAAGAAAAGGCAGCGCUGAUAUAAUACUUCAAAUAAAAUAACACAUCAGAAAUUGUGUUAUGAAUAAAAAAGCGUUAUAAUUUCUGUUUCACGCCAUAUUUCACACCAGAUUACAUUAACGCUGCCUGUCUAGCAGUAGCUAUCGUAUAGUGUUGUUUUGUGUUAUUAAAACCGCUAGCAUGCUAGCUAGUAUUAGUACAUCUAAAUGAAGAAGUGAAAAGAAAAACUGUUGUGAGUGUGUCGGGUUUAAGAGACACAGAGACGCCUGUCAUUCGGCAAAAUCAGGACGUCCACGAAAAAGAGCAUUCGCCAACAAUCGUGGAACAGAUCGAGAGACGACACCGCGAGCUGCGAGCUCUGGAGUGGUUUAGAAGUAAUAGCAAUGCCAACGAUAAUAAUUGUGGGUGGAGUUUGUGUGUGUAAAUGUUUCUGAUGUGUGUUUGCUGCUGGAUACGAACACUGAGGGCUUUUGUGAGCGUCUUUCUGUCUUUCCGCCUCGCUGACUCGGCUUCUCUCUCUUUCUCUCUAAAUCUCCCUCUUUCUGUAAAGUGAAAUGUGAUCGCUCUCUCUCUCUUUUUCUCUCUCGCUCUCUCUCUCAUCUUGUCUCUGGGGUGCUGCUUCGGGAAGCGUCUCUGAGACACUGAGGCUCUUUGUUGCGGGCCGGACAGACGAGGCUCGUCGAGGCGUUAUGAGUCGGGCAGUGAGGGAAUAGCAAUGAGCGGCAGAAUGAGUCCGUCCCUCUGGGGCUCCGUCCUGAUUGGAGUGAAGGUUUUUGC